GUUUGAUAGCUCUAACUACUAGAUAAAAAAGUAAAUAAACAAAUAGUGUACUCAAGCAAAAUGUCCGAUCGUUUUACAGAGACUCAAAUGUUAAAACUUGUAGAAAUAUAUCGUGAUUACGAGUGUUUGUGGGACGUAACAAGUGCAUUUUAUAAAAACCGAGACAUGAGAGAAAGUGCUUAUAAACAAAUCGCGGAAAGGUUAAAUAUUCCUGGGGUCUCGCCUAAAGACAUACCAAAAAAAAUUAAAAAUCUAAGAUCAUCUUACUAUCAAGAAUUAAAAAAAAUUGAAAAAAGCAUUCGAUCAGGUGCCGAUCAAGAUUCUGUGUAUAAACCGAGGGUUUCUUGGUUUACUACUGCAGAUGAAUUAUUAAAGACUUUCAGAAUUAAACACGAAACUUUCUCAAAUAAUACUCUAACAGAAAAUGAACAACAUGAAAUGGAUGAAGAAAUGGAUGAAUAUGUCUCCUUUGGACCCCCAUUACAAUAUACUACUCCACCACCCAAACCCAAGCACACAUUCAAACGUAAAAGUGAAAAUCAAGUAAAAAGUUUAAAUUUAUUACAAGAUGCAGUAUCUACAGCAAUACUUAGUAAACAAAAAAAAGAUGAGUACUCUAUAUUUGGGGAAGCUGUUGCCAAUGAACUCAGAGAAAUUAAUUCAAAGACACAUUUAUUGAUUUUAAAAAAAGACAUUAUGAACUUAAUUUUUAAAACAAAAAUAGAAAUUUUAGACACUGAAAAUGCUGUUAAUUGUAAUAAUAUGGAAUGAUCAACAAAUUUGUAGCUUUAUUAUUAAGUUACUAGAACCAUGGGAUACCGAUAUGAAUUUUUUUUUCAAUGUACAGAAAAUAUUAUAGAUGGCGACAAAAUAUUAAUUAUCAGUAA